AUGUCUUUAGAGAUCGAUUCCGGUGGCUUGAUAGCCCCAGGUAGAACGCCUGCAGUCGUCCAUGGAAGUUCGAGCGUUCCACUCCUUGACCUGACUUUGAGUGAACUGCUCGACUUCCAAUGCAUUCGCUACGGCUCCAGAGAAUGCGUGGUAAUUCCCUGGACUGGUGCAAGAUGGACCUACGAUUUCUUGAAGCAAGAAAGCAUCCACAUCGCGAAGGCAUUACUAGAGAGGGGAAUUCGACCUGGUGAUAGGAUAGCAAUCAUGGCUGGGAACUGCGAACAAUAUGUGUCAGUCUUCUUCGCUUGCAUGCGAAUCGGUGCCAUAUUGGUAAUUCUUAACAACACUUACACGGCUUCGGAAGCAUCCUACGCUCUGGGUUUUACUGCACAACUUUCUAGAAAGCCAGGAUUUGUGAAGGAAGUCGUGAUUCUCAGAAAUUCGUCCGGACGUUUCACGGCUUAUAGAAAACUCGUCGACCUUGGAGCGACACUCUCGGACGAGAAGUUACUAUCGGUUGCGGCACAGUUCACAGCCAACGAUACUUGCAAUCUCCAGUUCACGAGUGGCACAACCGGUCACCCCAAAGCCGCAAUGUUGACGCAUCAUCGAUUUAUUGGCGACAGACUAGCAUUUACUGAGGUCGAUGUACUAUGUUGUCCACCGCCGCUUUUCCACUGUUUUGGCUUGGUGAUAGGUCUUUUGGCAUGUAUCACCCAUGGUGCGAAAGUCAUCUAUCCAACAGAGACUUUCGAUGCUGCUGCUUGUCUUCGUGCUAUCUCGGAAGAGAGGUGUACAGCUCUUCAUGGUGUACCCGCUAUGUUUGACUCCAUAUUUAGCCUGCCUUGGCCAGAAGACUUCGACUGUAGUAGAUUGCGGACGGGUAUGAUCGCUGGUGCCCCUAUCCCAAGACAUUUGAUGGAGCUGAUGGUCAAUGACCUCGGAAUGACCGAGUUCGUCAGCAGUUAUGGACUUACUGAAGCUUCGCCUACUUGUUUCAACACUUUCCACGACGAUUCGAUAGACACAAAAAUGAACACCGUCGGCCACGUAAUGCCUUUCGCACAUGCCAAAGUCGUGGAUCGGGAGGGCAGAACACUUUCUGUUGGUCAGCGCGGUGAGCUAUGCAUGGCCGGCUACCAACUACAGCGUGGAUACUGGAAGAAUCAAGAGAAGACUGACGAGGUCAUGGUACGGGAUGAGGCGGGGGUGCUAUGGCUGAAGACUGGAGACGAAGCCAUCAUCAAUAAAGACAUGACGUGUACCAUCACGGGAAGAUUCAAGGACAUCAUCAUUCGUGGUACGUGA